GAGAAAGUGUGUGUGUAGGAGAGGAGUCGAGCAGAGAGAGCUGCUUUUUCACGAAACGGGAGUAAAGUAGUGAACUUACACGAACAUAUACCACUACCAACGUUUGGAUCGAUAUCUGCAUCGAUCUGCACACCCUUGUCUCCUGGAUUGUAGCUGACAUCAGCGUGAACCACGUGGGUCUCUGCUCCCUGAUCUGUUUCCUGUGUUUGGAAAGAGUUCCAGCUUCAUCGCGGAGUUUCUCUCGGUUUGUGGGCUCAUCUAAAGCUGAGUAACAGGAGGAAAAGAGUCUGGUGGUGCAGCAGAGGAACAAUUUCAGCCAUUUGGACUCAGCUCAGCCACUACAGAGGAAACAAUGACUUCAACACAGAAGGACCAACAUGGAGCCAGUAGUCAGCGCUCUCAGGAGGCCGACAAACCUCACAGAAGAAAGCGAGAGAAAACCUACAGCUGUGAUGAGUGUGGGAAGGAUUUUACCAAGACUGGAGACUUAAAAAGACACCAACUCAUCCACAGUGGAGUUAAACCUUACAGCUGUGAGUUGUGUGGAAAGUCUUUUACCCAGGCUGGAAACUUAAAAACACACCAAGUCAUCCACAGUGGAGUUAAAGCGUACAGCUGUGAGUUGUGUGGAAAGUCUUUUACCAAGGCUGAACACUUAAAAAGACACCAACUCAUCCACAGUGGAAUUAAACCUUACAGCUGUAAAUUGUGUGGAAAGUCUUUUAACCGGGCUGCACACUUAAAAACACACCAACUCAUCCACAGUGGAUUUAAAGCGUACAGCUGUGACUUGUGUGGAAAGUCGUUUACCAUGGCUCAAACCUUAAAAACUCACCAACUCAUCCACAGUGGAGUUAAACCUCACAGCUGUAAAUUGUGUGGAAAGUCUUUUAACCGGGCUGCAACCUUAAAAACACAUCAACUCAUCCACAGUGGAUUUAAAGCGUACAACUGUGACUUGUGUGGAAAGUCUUUUACCCUGGCUGCACACUUAAAAAAACACCAACUCACCCACAGUGGAGUCAAAGAGUGCAUCUGUGGCUUUUGUGGUAAAGCUUUUGCUCAUAAUGUCGGUUUACAGAGGCAUCUAGUUACCCACUCUGGAAGUAAGGUGUACAGCUGCGAAUUUUGUGGGAAAAGUUUCAGCGACAAACACUACCGAAAUAGUCACCUCCGGAUUCACACUGGAAAUGAUGCUUACUGCUGUGAUCAGUGUGGGAAACUGUUUGCAACAGAUGCACAGUUACAACAACACAUGUUUAGCCACACUGAGGAGAGACCUUGUAAGUGUGACCUGUGUGAGAAGACUUUUAAAACUCCAAAUCAGCUGAAUAAACACAAACAGAUCCACCCCCAGCCGCGUUCGUACGGGUUCUUGAAAAUGUUGGAAAUGCUUGAAUUCUAAUGUUGUCUUUUCAAGGUUUGAAAAGUGGUUGAAUUUCAAAUGUGGUGCUUAAAAGUGCUUGAAAAUGUAACUGUAACUCUAUCUUAUCAGAUAGAGAAAUAAAAUGAGUCGCAAAAAGCAAAAGCAAAAUUUCCUCGCCUGGGCUGCCUUGCGUCUGUUUCAAUAUGUGACCACGCCCCUCCCUUGGACAGUCGGGGAUGAGUGCGCUAACAUACCUGUAGGUCGCUGUUUUAAUGAGUUUUUGAUGGAAAACAAUAAUGGCGUUUGUGCUCUCCGCUCACCUGAUAGGUGAGUCCUAGUAAAUAAUUUUCCACUACGCGUACGUGACACAUGCUAUUUUUUUUUUUUUUAAAUUCUGAUUAUUUUUUUGCUAGCUAUCAAACUGGCUGGAGAAAUGAUUGUUCUACUAGCGAAUGUCAAAGUUGCUGCAAAAAAGCCACCAAAGGCAGGUUGCAGUGGAAACGCUGAGUGACACACCUGCUGUCAGACCUGCAGGUUUAUCCCUGUGCUGUUCUCAUCUGUUAUAGUAGAAAAGCUUAAAAAGGGACCUUGAAAGUAGGGCUGCUCGAUUAUCACAAAAAAUGAUAAUCACAAUUAAAAUUUGAUUAAUUGAGCAGCCCUACUUGAAAGUGCUUAAAAAGUGCUUGAAUUUGACCCUGAAAAAAGCGUACGAACCCGGCACACCUUAAAGUAACUCUACAAGUGCAGUUACUGUGAGGUAUGUAUUUAGUUUUUUAUCUUGUAUUUUUAACCUGAGUGUUUGGAACAAGUCUGAUCAGUAAACUUAUGGAGUUAUACUGAAUGAACUGUUUGGAAAAAUGAAGAAUCAUUUUCUCUCAGUAAGCUGAGUGUUGUAAUGUAAACAGUAAAUGUAAUUGGACGUUGGCAGAGAUGCUUUUUAUUUCAGGCGACGUUCAGGUUAAAAAUGUUGAAGGAAUUCCCUGACUUACACUGUCUUUGUUUAGAAGUGGAGCAAAGCACGUGUAUCCAUUUCUCAACCCUGUCGUCACUGUGGUGGUGGGAAAGAGUUUCUCUGUGACCUUUGUGGAAAAACCUCCAGUCAUGAACGGGACCUAAAACCACAUCAACGUAGACACACUGGAGACAAAAUGAACUACUGCAAAGAAUGUGGGAGAGGCUUCCACACACCAAGUACAUUAAAAAUACAUGAACUCUUCCACAGUGUGGUCAAAAAGCACAUCUGUGACCAGUGUGGGCGAUCCUUCACCACUGGACAUGAGCUCAAUGAAAAAGCAUAAGCAAAUCCACACAGGAGAGACACCAUACAAGUGCAGAUGCUGUGACAAAAGCUUCUCACAAUCAGGUCAUCGUAACAAACAUGAACGUACACACAUGGAAGUGAACUUCAGCUGUGACCAGUGUGACAAGAGCUUCAGGAAUCUCAGUUCAUAUUCCGAACACAAACCAUCCCACACUGUAAAUAAACUGUUUCACUGUUACCAAUGUUCAAAAACAUUCACUUCAUUAUCUGCUCUGUGCAAACAUCAGCCUGAUCAUGCAGGACUGAAAUCACUGGAUCACAAUGAAUCUGAAGAGAGAGAAAGAUCCUCUUCUGGUUUCAGGGUCGGACUUAAAAACCUUGAGAUCAGGCUCCACAGAGUUCAGAUGGAAUCUCCUGUAAAGAGUGUCAGCUGAUGUCACACUUGGAUCUGAUGAGGUAGCUCUGAUUUCUGGACCUGCAGUGAAUAAUCCUGAAUGUUGCAUUUAGGAAGCUGCAUGUAUAGAUAUGCAUAUCAAGUUCAUUUGUUUUUCCUUUGAGGGAUUUCAAUUCUCUUAAAUGUUAUCCCUGUUUCAUUUUAAUCUUUGUUCCCUUAGGACACAGUAGUGUUUAGUAGUUGUAUUCAUUUUAUGUGUUACCUCAGUUAAAUUUCAAUCCUUCGUUCAUAUUUAAUCGUUUGCUGUGGUAAUCCCUUCUCUUAAAUCAUUUUCUCCCAAAACUGCACAUAUUUUCACAGCAGAUGCUCUUAAAACUUCCCAAAUGAACUAAAUCUGUCCACCAGCUUUGAAACAACACCUGCUGUGACUUUAUGUCCAGAAAAAAGAAACUCAAGCUAAACUGGUUUUGGGCUAACUUUCCAUAUAAUACCAGUUUGUACCAGAAGAUGAAGCAGUGAGUCAGUGUAACCUUUAUUUAAUUGGGGAAAGAACACAUUCAUAUUCACAGUGGCAGCAAAGAAAUGUUGAAAGGUAAAAACAGCAGCACACAUCAGGACCAUUUUAAAGAUCACAGGUGACUUUUACUUAAUUCAAAUUCCUUCAAAUUUUGGCUCCUCCUUUCACUUUAGUGUAUUUACUGUAUCCUUGAAGUCCACGUGUUAUUUUUUAAUGAAUUCAUUUUGAUCCACAUGUUCUGCAGCUGUUUUCCUGUUGAUUUGAAGUUUGUAUUAUGAAAUCCUAAUAAUGUUAAAGCGUUAGUUAUAUUUGAUGAACUCUGUGUAAGGUUUGUCUUAUUAAACAGUUUGGUGUGAAAAAUAAAGAAAUGGUCUCAGAACAAGUAGUUUGAGCCCUGAUUUCAGAUUCAAACUAAUUUAACUGUUUUCAGUGGUACAUGUGGAGGUUUAUCAGAGGAGGCGACUUGGCUGUUCUCCACUCACACAGAACAGGGUUC